GACAUCAUGAACAAAAUCUAGAGUGGUGGGUUUCAAGACAUUGAUGUUUUUAAUCAUGUCAAAGGAGGUGGGGGUGGCGGUGGUGCUGCCAGUUUCGUACAUGGAGGCGGCGGUAGAGGAAAGAAUACGGGGCAAAUGGGUUUUAACAUGGGCCAAAUGGGAAACUACCCAAUGAACCAGAUGGGUAAUUUUGCAGCAGUACCAGGACUACCAGCACCAGCAGCAGCAGCAAUGAAUAAUGGUGGUGGGUAUUAUCAAGGGAUGGGGCCAGGGAAUCCCUAUAACCAGCAUCAAUAUAUGGCCAUGAUGAUGAAUCAACAGAGAGCAAAUGGGGGGAUGUAUCAGCCAAUGAUGUAUGCUCAACCAUACCCCCAACCAAGCUAUGGUACUCCCCCAAUGCAUCCACCACACUCUGAAUCUUAUGCUCAUUACUUCAGUGAUGAAAAUGCAAACAGCUGCAGUGUCAUGUGAAAUUUUCCCCAUACUAGCGAUGGUUUUGGUAUUUUACAAAAGUUUGCAAGGGAAAUUUUUAGUUUUCCCUUUAGUCAAAGUCCCCCAAACUCUAUUUGAAGCCAUAUGGAGUGAGGCCACUAUGUAGUAGAAGAACAAUGUACCUGAAGUUUGAGGGAUAUAUGAUGAUUGAUGAAUAUAUAUAGUUCUUUGGUUGCUUUUUCUCAAAAGGUGGACCCAAAUGUAUUUCUUUGUGAAUUGUUGGUUUCAAUUGUAAAAACAUGUCUGGCAUCAAUCCCCAUCAGGCUC